UCUGCCUGCACCGACAUUUCUUGGAGGUUUCGUGGAGAUUACCAGACUCAUUCAUCUCCAUAGUCGUUCUUGGAACUUUCUUGGUGGAGGAAGAUUGUGGCAUCUGGAUGAGAUAAAUCAAAACCAAGCAGACUUCGUGGUCUCAGAACCAAAGAUUUCAUUUGUGUUGAUCCUUGAUUCCCAUGCAUACAACACAGGAGGAAGACAAGGAGAUGGACAAUGAGGUGGUGCUGAUCAAGCAGAUACAUGAAACAGAAGACAUCAUCGCAAACACCUUAUCCAGAUGCGAGAAGAUGGUGGACAAUGAGCUCGUGGAGUUGAGCAGCAUGACCAAGCGAUCUUCGGAAGAUUUGUUCAAAAGCGUUGCAUAGAGGGUUGUAGACAAACUCCUUUCUCUGCUCCAUCAACAACCAACUGCUUUGCUUGGAGUUGAAGAAGCGGUAGAAUGGAUUGAAAGAGAAGUGAGGGGAACUGGGGAUGGAGGGGGUUUUGAAUUCACCGAGGAAUUAGUAGAUGUUGCCUAUGAUGUGGAGGAUGAUGAUGAUGAUCAACUUCAUAAGAAGCCCCCGAUCUAGUGGUGAACUAUGUUCUUGUUCUUUGGACCCUCCGCAAGACAUUGAAGAAAUAGACUGGUCACAGAGGAGCUCAGCAUUUGAUCAGAAAAUAUCAAACACAGUUGUUUCACCUGUUAUAAAGAAAGUUACAGCUCUGCUAGAUCAGAGGGCACUUCCUACCAGAGUGAAGAAGUCGGCCAGACAGGUCCAAGACAAGUUCAGGUUGAUGAAUGAUUUCCUGAGAGAUUUAGAAUCAGUAGAAUUAGAUAAUAGAUGGAGGGUUUGGAUUGAUGAACUGUGCCAAGUAUGCCAUUCCACAGAGGAUGUCAUUGACCAAUUCCUCAACAGCAGAGAACAGAAAGGAAGAAGUUGGUUGGGAGCUCUGAGGAGAGAUGUUUUGGGUUUUGGCCAUUUGAUAGCUCAGCAUAAGUUUGUCAUGAAGAUGGACCAGAUAUCUGCCCAGAUCCUAGACCUCUCCAGUAGGAGGCCAGAACGAGCUCAUGGCCAUAGUCCAGUGCCAAGGUAUGCACCCCCAAUCCCACAACCCCCAACACAAGAACCACAACAGACACAAGAACUUGAUGUUAUUAACUUUGAUGAUGAUGUUCAUGCAAUCAUGACAUGGUUGCUCUCAGAUGAUACGAGUUUUUCUGUGAUUUCAAUUGUGGGUAUGCCAGGCAUUGGUAAGACAACACUAGCAAAGUCGAUCUAUAACAAUAAAGCUGUUGUGGAUCAUUUCCCAUUUCGUGCUUGGACGUCCGCAACCCAUGAGCAUAAUUCUUUCAGAGACAUAAUGGGAGAGCAUACUAACUACAGAGAAAUGACACUUGGAGGCGAGAGGUUCCUCAUAGAUCCUGAUGAUGCAGAAAUGGCACAUAAACUCAAUGCUUUCUUAACAGGCAAGAGGUACCUCAUAGUUCUUGAUGAUGCAUCCAGCACUAAUUUCUUGAAUCGAAUGGUGGAAGCUUUUCCAGAUGCAUCAAAUGGAAGUAGAGUGAUCUUGAUCAGUCGCUCGAGGAGUCUACCUUCAGAACUCGAAAGGAGGAGUGUUCAUCAUGCAGUUCGAUUACGAGGAAACGAUGAGAGCUGGACAUUGUUCACUCAUGCUUUGAAGGUAAACAUACCCCAACAACUGCAAACGCUUAGAAAGGAAAUUGUGAGAACAUGUGGAGGGUUGCCAAUGCUAAUUGUAAAAUUAGCAAAUAUGUUGUCACAGAAGGGUCUAACCAUUGAGGAGUGGUCCAAUGCACUUCAACAGCUCAAUCGUGACCAAGAACAGUUUUGGUCUUACCCCUUGUCCAGGAUCAGUAAGGAUUUACCCUUGUACACGCGGCAGUGUCUCUUUUACUUUGGUCUAUUUCCUCAAGAUUUUGAAAUCCCAGCAAGAAGAUUGACCGCAUUGUGGGUUGCAGAGGGUUUGGUGCAAGCAAAGGGUGAGGAUGAAGCUCCAGAAGAUGUUGCAGAGAGGUGCUUAAUACAGUUAAUAGCCGAGGGAAUGGUUCGAGUGACAAAGAAGAAGCGCAACGGGAACAUCAAAACUUGUUGCCUCCCUGGUGCCCUCCAACAAUGCUGGUUAUCAAAAGAUCUGAACGCCACAUUUCUUCAAAUUCAUACAAAAACAACAUCUCAUUUAUCCCCAAGCACUGGUAUGAUUCGUCGCCUUAUCGAUCACCUUGACAAAGAAGACAUCACCUUUGAUCAUAUCCAUGGUAAUCACAACAUAGAUUCUUCCUCUUUGCAACCUCUCUAUCGAGGAGUUGUCUCUCUUUUAUCAUUUGAUACUCGAGAAGGAAACAAACCAGGAGAAGACAUAGGAAACUUUCUUCAUCGAUGCAUUUCCAGCAAUUGCUUGCUACUAUUGCGGGUGCUUGAUCUUGAAAAUGUAUUCAGACCUAACUUACCAGGGGCACUAGGUAAUCUAACUCGAUUGAGGUACCUUGGCUUGAGAUCAACCUUCUUAGAUAUGCUUCCAUCUUUUAUAAAGAAGUUGGAGAAUCUUCAAGUACUGGAUCUGAAGCAUACCAACAUUAUCACUCUUCCUAGUUCAAUCUGGAACAUGCAACCGAUUCGAAGAUUGUACUUGAAUGAGAGAUGCCAUUGUCAGUCUGUGCCUCAACCUAGGGUCGGAUCUUUUUCAACCCUCCAGGUCCUUGUUGGACUAUUUGUAGAUGAAGAGGCUCCAGUGAAGGAUGGCCUAGACCGGUUCGUCAAUCUUCAAAAAUUGGGAUUAAAAUGUCGCUUAUUGUCAUCUCAACAGGAGGCAAUGGCUGAAUGGGUUCUGAAGUCUAAGCAUCUUCGGUCUUUAAGCCUCAAGUCCAUUGAUGAACAGAAUCAAGUUGGGGAUCUAGACUUGAAGCCCUUGACAGGCCAUGUCAGUCUCUCUUGUCUUUAUUUGCUUGGGAGGUUAAAGAAUCCAUCUAUUGUGUCUGAGUUCCCACACGGCCUCAUAGACCUUACCUUAUCAGGGUCAGAGCUUAAAGAAGACCCAAUGGAAACAUUAGACAAGCUUCCCAACCUAAAAAUUCUUAGCUUGUUGGCCAAAUCUUAUACAGGAAACAACAUGCGUUGCUCUUUAGGAGGCUUUUCUCAGCUUCGAGUUCUGAAACUAUGGAUACUAGAGCAACUGGAGGAAUGGAAUGUAGAGGAAGGAGCGCUGCAAGCUCUCCGAGCUCUAGAUAUUAGGGGCUGCAUGAGGUUGAAGAUGCUUCCUGAAGCAUUGCAUCACAGAGCUCUUUUGCAAGUGAAGUUAACAGAUAUGCCCACUGAUUUUGCUUAGCAGACCUCCAGCUUUGUGCUUUGCUAUUGGAGGUAAUACCCAGCAAUUCUGGGAGGUGAUUCAUAACCUACAAUAAUGGAGUUCCCCGCAUCCCUUCUGCUUGCUCUAUUGUUCUUACGAUUCAUGCUAAUUUUCUUGUAUUCUUCACCUUCUAAAUGCUCUAUGGUUUUUUAUUAUUGGAUUGUCAUGUAUUCAAUGAAUUUCUGCGUGUGAUAUCUAGUGGUUUGUUUAAUGAUUGUAUCUGGACUGAAUGGAGUAACCAUUUGAAUAAUGGGCAAAGCUUGUGAGCAUCCAAACAGGGGAGGAUGGGCUGUGGGCAGAGCUUGUUAUGCAUUUUAUACAAUUCUCUUCUUUGAUCA